AUGUACUGCGGGACUAUCAAUCUUACAGGUCAAGAUACCAGUACGAAUAUUGCGCUGUUGAUUGCAGCUGAUGAAUUAUGUCUUAAUGAUUUAUGUUCAUACAUUGAAGAAGAGCUUCUUAAAUAUAAAGCGUUGUUAAAACAUAACUUCGUCCUUAUUCAUCAAGUCACAAAUCAAUACAGUCAUUUUACAAAAUUAUUCCAGUUCCAUCAAGAUAACUUUCAACAAGAUCCUUCUUUAAUUUUCAAAGCUAAGGAUUUCACAACUAUUAAGCAUGAUGUGCUUCUUGAUAUAUUGAGAUCUAAUCAUUUAUUGAAACCAAUUGAAGUUUGGGACAAACUUAUAGAGUGGGCAAUUGCACAAACGAAUGGAUUACCGUUGGAGAUCACAAAGUGGACCUCUGACAAUGUUUCUACUUUUGGGAACAUUAUUCAACCAUUUAUCCCACAUAUUGAUUUUAAAGAAAUUCAUCCUUCUGAUUUCUUUCAAAAGAUUAAACCCUUUAAAAGCAUUUUUAAUAUUGAAUUUUAUGUUAAACUCCUUGAAUAUUAUUCUUUUAACGAUAAUAGCCAUUCAAGACAUAAAAUGAAUAUUGAUUCUAAAAUUAUUGAUUCUGAACAAGCCUUUUUGCUUGCUAAUUUUAUUAAAUUAAUGAAAAAAGAAGUCCUUAAUACUUUUAUGAAAUUUGAGUUGCUUGUACGCGGAAGCAGAGAUGGUUUUGAUGUUAAAACUUUUCAUGAAAAUUGUAGUAAUAAAGGACCUACCAUUACUAUUGCUUGCGUUAAAGAUACUAAUGAAAUACUCGGAGGAUUUAAUCCAUACAGUUGGGGAUUUGAAGCUGAAGUUACUGUUUCCCCUACUCCCUUCACUUUGCAUCAUCCUGUUUCUGGAUGUGAUAAAGAAAGUUUUAUUUUUUCAUUAGAUAGAAAUAAUCUAGAAAAUUCCAUAUUUAGUAAAGAAAGUAAAGCAUUUAAUUUCAUGUCAGAAUAUGGUCCAAAUUUUGGUACGUCUGAUUUAUGUUUACUCGUUAAUUCCACCAACAAAGGUCAAUGUCAUAAGAAAAAUUACGAAAAGUUAAUUAAAAAUUAUGCGGGAACUUUUGAAAUAAGUGAUUAUGAAGUUUAUCAAGUUCAGUUGACCCGGAAAAACGUAUGUGAAGGGGUUAGGAGGAAUGGGUAUAGGAGGGAGAGGGGGAGGGUGUACGUUAGGGGUGGUUAUAGAACUUAA